CACAAAAAGUCGACUUUUAUAUCCCUUGAAUUGUGUCUUCAGAAAUAAAAAUUAUAUUUUAAUACGAUUUUUAACAUAAAAACAUAACUUAGUUUCCUUCACAAAUCAAAAUGAGUAUUUGCAGCCUUAAAGGCAGCCAUGCGUUAUUGUGUAGACGUGCAUUUAUCUUGGCCAGUGGCAAUAGAACAAUUCCUCCCCAGAUUAUGUUGGCCCAAACAGUUCCAAAACGUGAUUCACACAGUGCCCUGUAUCAAAUGGUAAAGAAACGUAAAGUAAAUGCUCGUGCUAAUCUGCAAGCAAAUGCCUAUCCACCCAGCAAAAAAACAAAUCCAAAUGGAAAUCAACAAUAUUCGGAAUUGAAUAUAACCAGUGAAAAUACAAAAUCCUCACUAAAAACUAAAUUUCUGACAGAAUGUGCUUCAACUUCCUCAUCCAUUUCACCCGCUUCAAAAUUAAAUAGCAAUGCAUUUUCUCAAAAUCCCCGAAAAACGGCUCAAGACUUAAAUAAAGAGCUGUGUCGACAAAAGUUUUCCUUAAAUACCGAGGUUUUAAGAGCUGCAAAUUGUAAUAUUAGUCGUAAAGCAAGUGCGGAGAGCAAAUCCACCACAGUCAGUACAGAUCCCAAAACUAUAUCUGGAGCCCCACCAGGCGGUGACAAAAGUAAUGGCAAAACAAAACCUUUAAUUUUGGUUGUCGCUGCAGCUUUGGGUGUUGGUGGUCUGGUGUAUUACUUCAUGAAUGAAAAGUCCACUACCCCACCCCCACCUAAAUCUAAAUCGCUGCCGCCUUCUUCAGCUGACCUACCCAAACAUGUGCCGUAUCUUUUAAUAGGUGGUGGUACUGCUGCUUUUUCAGCUUUUCGUGCUAUAAAAUCAAAUGACGCCAAGGCUAAGGUUCUUAUGAUAACCGAUGAACAUCGAAAACCCUAUAUGCGCCCACCGUUGUCCAAAGAGCUGUGGUAUACGGCACAACAAGGUGAAAUUAGUGAAGACUAUCGUUUUAAACAAUGGACUGGUGCCGAGCGAAGUUUGUACUUUGAGCCUGAAGAAUUUUUUAUUGAACCUGCUAAACUCAAUGACAGUCCCAAUGGUGGCAUUGCCGUGGCUCAAGGCUUCAAAGUGACAAAGGUGGAUCCCACCAAACGCAUUGCGACUUUAAGUGAUGGCUAUGAAAUCAGUUACGAUGAAUGUCUGAUUGCAACUGGCUGUACACCAAAGAAUUUGCAAAUAUUCCUCGAUGCUCCACCUGCCGUUAAAGAGAGGGUUAUGAUCUAUCGUAAUCCGGAAGAUUUUGAAAAACUUAAGAAGUACAUGGAUGCAAAUAAGAAUGUUACAAUAAUUGGCAAUGGUUUCAUUGGCAGUGAGCUGAGUUGUUCACUGGCCAAUUAUAAUAAAAAUAAGAAAGAUGGUGGCGGUCGCAUUUUCCAAGUAUUCCCUGAAACAGCAAAUAUGUCGAAAAUACUGCCAGACUAUCUAAGCAAAUGGACCAUGGAAAAAGUGCAAUCCCAAGGUGUUUGUGUAGUGCCUAAUGCCAGUAUUAAGAGUGUGCAAAGAGAUCAAAGUCAGUUGAAGUUACAUUUAAGCACAGGGGAGACGGUUCUGACUGACGUUGUUCUUGUAUGCGUGGGUUGUGAGGCUAAUACCGAUAUUGCGCAGGUAUCGGGCCUAGAAGUAGAUUCUAAUUUGGGAGGCUUUGUGGUUAAUGCUGAGCUUGAAGCUCGUCGCAAUCUUUUUGUGGCAGGUGAUUGUUCUUGCUUCUUUGAUCCACUGCUUGGCAGAAGAAGAGUUGAACAUCAUGACCAUUCCGUAACUUCGGGUCGUUUAGCUGGCGAGAAUAUGGUGGGAAAAAAGAAACCUUAUACUCACCAAAGCAUGUUCUGGUCUGAUUUGGGACCCGAAAUUGGUUAUGAGGGCAUAGGCCUGAUCGAUUCUUCACUGCCCACAGUUGGGGUGUUUUCACUGCCCUCCAAAGCUGAUCGUCAAACAGACAAUCUUUCGGAAAACCGCGGCGCGGACUCUGAAAACAAAACUCCAACAUCUACCAAUCGGGAAUUGGCCGAUGUCAAAUGCAGCGAUGAACAAAAAGAAAAUUACGGACGCGGUGUCAUUUUCUACUUGAAAGAAGAAAAAAUUGUUGGCAUUUUACUAUGGAAUAUCUUUAAUCGAGUGGGGCUGGCGCGAACAGUCAUCAAUCAAAACAAAAAAUUCGAUGAUCUGAAUGAAGUGGCAAAAUUAUUCGAAAUACAUUCGUAAACGCUUUAUGUAAUUUAAAAUUUUGAUGUACUAUGUACUUGGGUAAGGUAGAAGUGUUUUUUUUUUUUUUUUUUGUUAUUUAAAUAUUUUCUUUUUUGCAAAGAAAUUUUAAAUUGUACCUUAAAAACGCAUAAAAAUACACGUUGACCGAUGCAUUUUUCGACAAACUGACUAAACCAACAACCAGCUGCAAAUUAUUGUUAAAUCCACGAGUGGUUUAACCCACAAUAUCCAAUCAGUGACCAGAUUAGUUUAGAUUAUGUAGGUAAAAUCUAAUUGUCCCUCCAUAAAAUUAGUUAAUCCUAGCCCUCGUGAUGGACAGAUGUUAAUAGAUGUAAUAGAACUAAUGCUAUGCUUCAAGUAUCAUAGGACAGGUAGUGGUGAUAAGCGCGUUAUUUUGCGCGCUAACAGGUAUAUUUCGAAAAUACAAUAAAUAGUUGAUCCGGCAAACUCAAUGGUGUCAGUCUUUCUGUGUUCUUUUGCUAAAAUGGAUGUCAAACCUACUGAACUCUAUUUGUGUGGCUACAAACAAACUGAUUUUAUGCUGUUGGAAGAGAACAAACUUUUAAAACAACUGCAAGCUGAAGUUGAAAUGUGUUGUAAUAAUGAUCGCACUGAGGAUGAGGUAACUGCCGCCAUUGGCAUGAUGCUCAUGCACUAUUUACCACUUUCUGAAGCCCAUUUUACACCUAAAAAUAAGCCCAUAGUCCCUGUUAGCUCCACCAAAAACACCACCCAACACCCCGAGAAUCUUCAGUUGCGGACUAAUGAUUCCAAUGGUUUGCAUGGCGUACAACGACAUGGGGACUCGAAAUCACAGCUACGUAAAAAUCGCAAAAGCAAUUCGAGUAAAUCCUCACUGUUAGCAUCUUGCCGAAACAUUUUAAAAGAGUUCUUAUCCCAGAAUAGCAUGUAGUUAUUUAAUUGUUUUAAACAUUGUGCAGUCAGUCACUGAAACAAAUAUCCUUUAAGGAUUGCUUUAUUAUAAUUUACCGUAUAAAGUAUAGAUUAGCUUGUAACUUUUAACUUUACGCAUGUACAUAUAUACUAUUAAAUAAAUACAAAGAAAUUUAA